AAAACGGUAGGAGCCUUUGAGAUCAGAUAUUUUGGAGUGCCAAAAAAAAAAAAAAAAACUCUAUAUAUUGUACCAACCAGCCAUCAAAGAUUCACACUAACAAUACAAACUAGUAAAGGAAGAAACGAGUAGUGAGCUUAGCUAAGAGAGAAGAUGGUGUUGAUUGAUAAACUUUGGGAUGAUGUUAUGGCUGGUCCCAGCCCUGAUAAAGGCCUAGGCAAACUCCGAAAGAGCCUCUCUGUUCAUACUGGUGGGCAAUCAUCAGGAGAAGGAUCUAGCAAGUACCAGAGGUCUCUGUCGAUGUCGGCGACUCCGCCGACGCCAGGUACGCCGGUGACGCCGACAAACACGUCGCCGACGGUACGUAAGGAGAACGUAUGGAGGAGUGUGUUUCACCCAGGAAGCAAUCUAGCUACCAGGAGGAUUGGUGCUGAGGUGUUUGAUAAGCCUUCUCACCCUAAUGCUCCCACUGUUUAUGACUGGCUGUACAGUGGGAACACCAGAUCUAAGCAUCAUGAGAAGAGCUGAGAGCUUUUGGGUGGCUAAAGAAGCAUCAUGAUCUUGAAAAUCUGCAUGUAAAUAGUGUUUUUCUUUUUCUGCGAGUUGCUUCGUUAAUGAAGUAUGGGUUGCUGGACUUUUAUGUUUGUUUGUGAAUAUAGUACUAUGUUUUUUCUAUUGGGUAUUAAGUUGUCGUGUGUUGUAAAUUGAGUUUUCCGAGCUAACUUAUAAGAAAGCUUUAAUGGCCGUCAGUGGUUUUCCAGUUACAAGUGAAGUUGUUACUAUUACUCUACUGAUGGUGGUAGACCAGUGGCUCGAUUUUGUUAGCUAAAAUUAAAUAUCUGAAAUAAAUAUUGUGAUGUUUUUGUUUGUUA